AUGGCGAACACUAAGGAAUUUAUUUGGGAAUUACAAAAACUUAAAAAGGACCAGCUAAUCGAAAUUAUAGUCUACAAAACUGUACAAGAAAAUCAACAGAUCAGUGAAGAACUUCGUGGGUUUCUAGAAAGAAGAAAACAAGACCCAAAACCUACUGUUUCGGAACAUAACCUAGCAGCCGUUUUUGCCCACAACUUGGCCAAGACCCCAAUACCAGCAAAUGUGGAUGUGUCCAGUCUAUUUUUAUUGUUGAUAGCCGGCAGUCGGGUGUCCCCUGAAGUUAUUUUAGCAUUAAGAAAAAUGCUGCACCCUUUAGCCACCAUUAUACAGGGAUACGCGCAAACCGAGUUCUGCGGCACGAAUACGUUCUACGACACAAACGAUAAGGAUCACAGAAAAUUGUUCACUGAGAAGCCUCACUCAGUAGGAUUGCCUGGAAAAGGAUACAUUUAUAAAGUGGUCGAUUUAGAAACAAAUGAAAUUCUUGGACCGAACAAACAAGGCGAACUUCUAGUCAAAGCUCCGACAGUAAUGAACGGCUACUACAAGGGAGAUUCCAAGGACGCCUUCGACGAAGACGGUUUCUACAAAACCGGUGACAUCGCCUACUACGACGAGGACCAGUGUUUCUACAUCGUGGACAGAAUCAAAGGAGUCAUCCGGUAUUUGUUCCACAUGCUUUCUUCAGCUGAAAUUGAAGAAAUUUUAACGAAUCAUCCGGCGGUAAGGAAGGCCGCUGUUUUCGGCUACCCACAUCCGGUCGACUUGCAUCACGUGACGGCUUUGGUUGAGGUGGAUGAAACGUCGGAAGUAACCCCAGAAGAAAUCCGGGAGUACGUUGAUAAUCAAGUCCCCGACCACAAGAGGCUCAGAGGGGGUGUCAAGUUUGUAAAAUCCAUUCCUAUGACGACGACUGGUAAAGUCAAAUGUGGAGAACUCAAAUCUUUUAUGGAGAAAAUGUAA